ACGCACUUUCCCUACAUUUUACACAAGCCCACACACUUCAUAUGGAAGUACAGUACGCACAGAGAAGUAUACAUACGUCCGCAUAUAAAUAUACAUCAGUCUUCAAAUGCUUUGUUACGAUCUUCAACUACUCAAACUCUAUUAGCCGAAUAUCUAUCAAAAUUCUCUCCGUAUUGCACUCGUCUCUCUUGUUGGAAAUGGUUUGAGUAUAUUUGUUUUGGCUGUGCAAUUUUGUAGGUAUAUGAUACGAAAUGGCAAUUAAGAGGGGGUUAUCGGGUGGAAUCAUCCACAGGAAAAAAAGCAAUGGACCUCACUUUUCUGUUGUUGUGCUCGUCUUGUUGUCGUGUCUCGUUUUCUCGAUUUUGUUUGUCGGCAGCGGUUUGUGGAGCUCUUCUGCCACUGAUCAAAUUAAUUUUUCUACCAGUUCAAGUAAACAGGAUCUAAGAUGGAGAGAGCGACUAGCAUUGCAGCAUCUCAAAUCUUUGUUCUCAAGAGAGGUACUGGAUGUCAUCAAGGCAAACACAGACGAUUUAGGGCCCUUGAGUCUUGAUUCUUUCAGAAUGAAUAAUCUAUCUUCAUCAUGGAACUUUGUUGGUCGAGAAAUUUCAGCUGGAAAAAAUACCACUUCUGCUCAGUCAAAAGAAGUAGCUGCAUAUACUAAACGGGAAACCUCUGGAGGCGAGCAGGAAGAUACUUUUCAUGAAGAUCAUUCAAAUUUUUUUGAGUCGCCUGCUAAACUGGCGAGAAGGCAAUUGAGAGAAAAACGACGUGAAAAGCGUGCUGCUAAUUUGGUAAAGCAAGAUGAUGAUGUAAUCGUAAAACUUGAAACUGCUGUCAUUGAACGAUCCAAGUCGGUUGACUCUGCAGUCUUGGGAAAGUAUAGUACAUGGAGGAAGGAGAAUGAAAAUGAAAAUUCUGAUUCAACUGUACGCUUAAUGCGAGAUCAAGUGAUCAUGGCAAGAGUGUAUAUAAGCAUUGCAAGAAUGAAAAAUAAGCUUGACUUGGCCCACGUGCUUCAGAACCAGCUCAAAGAAAGUCAGCGUGCCUUAGGAGAGGCAGCUGCUGAUUCUGAAUUAAAUCACAGUGCACCUGAAAAAAUAAAAUCUAUGGGACAAGUACUGUCUAAAGCUAGAGAACAAUUAUAUGACUGCAAGCUUGUCACUGGACAGCUAAGAGCCAUGCUGCAAUCUGCUGAUGAGCAAGUCCGGAGUCUAAAAAAGCAGAGCACAUUCCUUAGUCAGCUAGCUGCCAAGACAAUUCCAAAUGGAAUUCACUGUUUAUCCAUGCGCUUGACAAUAGAGUAUUACCUCCUUCCACCAGAAAAGAGGAAGUUCCCUCGCAGUGAGAAUCUGGAAAAUCCACAUCUUUACCAUUAUGCACUCUUUUCUGACAAUGUUCUUGCUGCUUCAGUUGUGGUCAGCUCAACCAUUGCAAAUGCCAAGGAACCCGAGAAACACGUGUUUCAUCUAGUUACAGAUAAGUUGAACUUAGGGGCAAUGAAUAUGUGGUUCCUGCUGAACCCUCCUGGAAAAGCUACCAUCCAUGUUGAAAAUGUUGAUGAAUUCAAGUGGCUUAACUCGUCUUAUUGUCCUGUUUUACGUCAGUUGGAGUCUGCUGCCAUGAAGGAGUACUACUUCAAGUCAGCUCAUCCUAUCACAUUUUCCGCCGGUUCUUCGAACCUGAAGUACAGGAACCCAAAGUAUCUAUCAAUGCUCAAUCACCUCAGGUUUUAUCUCCCACAGGUUUAUCCCAAGUUGGAUAAAAUCCUUUUUCUUGAUGAUGACAUCGUUGUUCAGAAAGACUUAACAGGCUUGUGGUUGGUAGAUCUUCAUGGAAAAGUGAACGGGGCAGUUGAAACCUGUGGUGAGAGCUUUCAUCGUUUUGACAAGUACCUUAAUUUUUCAAAUCCACAUAUUUCUUCAAACUUCGAUCCCAAUGCUUGUGGGUGGGCAUAUGGAAUGAACAUUUUUGAUCUCAACGUGUGGAAAGAGAAGGAUAUAACUGGAAUAUACCACAAAUGGCAGAAUAUGGUAUGUCUCCUUUUCUUUUUCUUCCCCUUUUAAUUUUGCUUUGUAUUUUAAUUGUGUUGCGUGUAAAUUUAUGCAUUAGUAGCAAUAAUGUAAUAAUUCAAUUGCUGUGUGGAGGUGGGGGUUGGGUGUGUGUGACUUUGCUGGUAAGCUGU